UAAAAACAAAUCACAUAACACCGCUCGUGUACUGGCCGCUUAUGGCCAGCUGAUUCUUAUCGAUUUACCGAAAACUACAAAAUCACAGAAAUUCACUAAAUGACUUUAGUGAUGUUACAUUCAAAACAAGUGUUUAGCAGAUUAUGCAAUGAAACUUGCCGGUCAAAUUUUAAUCGCUGGCAAAAAAUAACUUCCGGUAAUGCAUUUAACUUCCAGACAAGUGCCGUAGCUCACAAGCGACGAAAAACUGCUGAGGAAAGGAAAGCACCUCGUGUGAUAGAAUUUUCGGCCAAGAAAAAGAACCAAACCCAAACCAGCGGAGUGGUGGACAUUUGGCGUAAUAUGACCGUCGCAGAGCUAGCCAAAUCAUGCCAGCUCGAUUUGGAACACAUCCAGGAGGUGAUGUUAUACGUGAAGGGGGCUGGCGAUAUCGGUCCAAACGCUCGCUUGAUGGAUCAAAAAAUUAUGAAGGAAAUUCUCGCCAAGUGUGGUCUACGGAUGAGAAUUGUGGCCGCACCGAGUGUGGAAAGAGAGGAGGAGGAAGCUAGGGAUCGCGAUGUUGUUCCGCGACCGCCACCGUUGGCCGAAAACCUCCGGGAACGACCUCCGGUGGUAACUGUGAUGGGUCAUGUUGAUCAUGGCAAGACAACGUUGCUGGAUUCGUUGCGUGGUGCGUCGGUGGCGGCCAGUGAGGCCGGAGGUAUCACGCAGCACAUUGGGGCGUUCACUGUUGAGCUGGACAGUGGCGAGAAGGUGACGUUUUUGGAUACACCGGGCCAUGCGGCUUUUAGUGCUAUGCGCGCGAGAGGUGCUAACCUGACGGAUAUAAUCGUUCUCGUGGUGGCCGCUGACGAUGGGGUUAUGGAGCAAACCAAAGAGGUGCUCAAAUUGGCAAGGGAUGCAAACGUUCCGAUCAUUGUUGCUGUAAAUAAGAUUGAUAAACCGGAUGCCAAUUUGGAUCGCGUUAAGCAGGAAUUGGUGCAACAUGGUGUUGCAUUGGAGGGAUACGGAGGCGACACUAUCGCUGUUGGCGUUUCAGCUUUGCAAGGUACCCACUUGGAUGAACUCGCUGAGGCCAUCAGUACCCAGGCUACUUUAAUGGGGUUGAAAGGAGAAUACGUUGGCCUAAUGGAAGGGGUAGUUGCUGAAUCAAAACUCGAUCCCCGCCGGGGGAAAUUAUCCACUGCAAUCGUUACCAGAGGGACGCUACGAAAGGGAAGUGUUCUCGUUAGUGGUCAAGCUUGGGCUAGGGUACGUGGGUUGUUUGAUCAUGCCGGUCAACCGGUGACUGAAGCAACACCCGGGAUGCCGGUGGAGAUACUUGGGUGGAGAGAGCUUCCUGCCGCGGGGGACGGAAUACUGGAAGUCGACUCGGAAAAGGUUGCCCACUCGGUAAUGCGGUGGAGAGAAGCCCAGGCCAAAAUGCAUAGAGCCGAAAGCGAAAAGGAUGCGAUUCUGCAGAAACAGAUGGAACACGAUCAGAAGUAUCGAGCAGAGCGGGAGCAACAGCGGGCAGCAGGCCAUUAUCGGAGGCGAAAUCGGGGCCCACGGCCAAAAGAAUCCGGUCCGGAAGACCCCACUCCACGGGUGAACGUCAUCAUCAAAGGAGACGUCCAUGGUUCCGUGGAAGCUAUCCUCGAUGUGUUGGAAACUUACGAUGGAAACGAACACUGCCGGCUCGAUGUGGUGCACUAUGGUGUCGGGGAUGUUUGUCAAGGGGAUCUUGAGUUGGCAAAGCUUUUCAACGCAGUCGUGUAUGCAUUCUCCGUUGGCUUUCCUGAGAAACCGAAGGAUGUGCACAUUCGUGCUGUUAACAUUAUUUAUCGACUGGUGGAUGAUUUGAAGAAGGAAAUCAAUGCCAAACUGCCUCUGGUGGACGUCGAGGAAACGGUGGGUGAGGCUAAUGUACUGCAACUUUUCGACAUCAAUGAGGGCAGAAAAAGCGUAACGGUUUUGGGCUGUCGCUGCACGAAAGGCAUGUUGAAGAAAGCCAUGCGGUUCAGGCUAGUGAGAAACGGAGAAAUCGUUGCCGAUGGUUUGGAGCUGGAAUCGAUGAGGCACCUCAAAAAUGAGGUCGAUACGGUCAAGAAGGAUGUGGAGUGUGGCUUGAGACUGAGCUCACAGGAUGUUACGGUGAAGGCUGGUGACACGAUUGUGUGCUAUAAAAUGAAUCAACAACCACAGGAGACUGAUUGGGAUCCGGGCUUUUGAAGUGUGGAUUCCGUAGAAAGUAGUUAAAGUAAUAAAAGACCGGAGUGUACAACUCUUUGAGUUAAUUAAA